UGGAAGCUGCAAUGGAGAAGCUCAGCACAGCACUUCUCCAAGCAUUUAAGCACCCCCACAUCUUCCCCUCUUUCUCCUCAAUUUCUUUCUCCCUUCUCGCUUCCCUUCCACCCACCUCCUUUGUUUCACCUCUUUCUUUCUUUUUCUCCUAAACCAUCAUGAAUCUCAUUAAUAGGCUCAGCCCCAAGCGUCUCUUUCGAUCUAAUAAAAAAGAUAGAUCCAUCGUCUCCAAGUUCGACCCCUCCUCCUAUAGUUCCGGUUCCGCCGUUUCCUCCUCUUCCUCCUCCGAAUCCGUCUCUUCCACCCUCAAAGGACAUCAGUACCCUUCCGCGGCUACCGCUGGCUUCGUAACGCCCACCAGUGUUUUGCCCCAAACAUCAGGUGACUGGUCCGAUUUUCCCGCUAAUUUUUAUCUAGAACUUUGUCAGGCGUUUAAAAUGUUAGACAAAGAUAACGACGGGGUUAUAUCAAGAAGCGAGCUCGAGGCUUUGCUUGGCAAGGUCGCAAGGCAGCCGCCCAGCCGGAUCGAGGUUUCCUUGAUGUUGAGCGAAGUGGACGGUGACGGCGACGGCUACAUCAACCUGGAAACGUUGAUGAACCAGGUGGUUGGGCCGGCUUGCGACGAACCCGCCUGCGAACCGGAACUGAGGGAGACUUUUGAUAUAUUUGACACGGAUCAUGACGGGAAGAUCACGGCGGAGGAGUUGAUGGCGUUUUUUAAGGACAAAAUAGGGGAUGAGCGGUGCACGUUAGAGGAUUGUCGGCGCAUGAUAGCGAGUGUCGAUAAGAACGAAGAUGGAUUUGUCUGCUUCGAGGACUUCUCCAGAAUGAUGGAGCUGCAGCGAUGAUCAUUUGAUUAUGGGUUUUUAUCCGUUUGUGCUUGACAAUCAUGUGAUAAGAGAUGCACUUGAUUUGAGGAAAUACAGAAAUGAAAAUUUGUCUUGGUUUUUUUUCUUCUUUUUUAAAAAAAAAUCUAUUUUAAGAUGUGCCUGAAUUGAAGUCAAUUAAUCCGACGGUGUAGAUUGAUUGAUCUGAAGAAAAAUGUUGUCCACGUGUCGUAUGGUGCAUAUUAAUAUAUAAGACGGGUAGAGAGAAAAAAAACACAUUUUCUUAUUA